CGAGGAUGUCAGUGAAUAUAGCGACCAGAUAACUUGAAGUUGUUUUUGUUUUUUAGAAAAACUCUUCAUGAAUGUCAACAGACAAGUCGUUUGUAUGUGGCACACGCCGACAUAAGAGACUAGCAUUAAACUAUGGGGGCAGGACUUUGUGACCGAUGCGCGCAGUUGUUGGAGGACUUCGUUGCUCUUGUGCGAAGAGCGUCCAGAGAACUCGUACGUAAGAUCGAGGAGUGUGUCAAGGCUAUUGCCCAGUGUUGCUGUCUGAAGCGGAGGACCACAGCCUCUAGGACAUUUUAUCGACCGUUAGUGCAGGAGCACGAAAGACAGGCAGCACGGGAACUCCUGCAGCACCUGGACACAGGUAGCGAAACUCCACUGCUGAGCAGCGAGUGUCUGCAUGCUUUGAAUACUCUGGCAGCGUCAGAGAACCACGAGCUGCAGCGCUCAGCAUCCGUGUACCUCCUGCACCUCAGUCAGCAAUUGCCGACCCCGUUGCCCUCGCUGUUCUUGGAGCCGUACCCCCCCUUGCUGCGGUCAUGUGAUUUGGAGGUACAGAGGAUGGCUUCUCUGUCAUUGGUCAACCUCCUGGUGGAGCGCAAUGUGAAUAAAGAGCUGGUGGUAGAGAUGGGACUCCUGGAGCCAGUUAUGGACAUGCUGGAGUCUGGAGACGCGACCAUCCAGUGUAAUUCCUGUGCUUGCGUGGCCAUGUUGGCAACCUCAGACUCAAACAGAGAAGCCAUCGCCUCUGCUGACGGAGUGCUGCGCAUGCUGGUUCUGGCCAAGUCCUAUGAUCCCAGGGUCCAGCAGAACGCUGUGGGGGCCCUUCUGAACCUCACCAGGUCCGAGAGGAUGCUGGGAGUUUUGUGUCGAGAUGGAGGGCUACCUGUCCUGGUGCUGCUGCUGCAGUCAGCUGACUCUGAAGUCCAGUUCUACAGCUGCUCUGCCUUGAGCAACAUAGCCGCUGUGCGGGAAUAUCACCCGAGGAUGCUGGGAAUUGGGGACCGUUUCCUGUUGAAGUCCCUGCUCUCUCUUGCAUCAUCUCCUGUGGAGAAGAAUUCCUGUGAGGCUUUGCGGUGUCUCAGGAACCUGUCUGUGAAUGUGAGAACGCAGGAGGAGCUGAUGGCUCUGGGUUGCGUGUCCCUGCUGAUCACCAUGCUGCGGUCCCCUGCUGCGGGAGUGUCUGAGUCAGCCAUCACCCUGCUCUCCGCCCUAUCACAGCACCCUCCUAACAGGGACUCCCUGGUGGAGGAGGACCUGCUGCAGACAGUUGGAGGGCUUAUUCUUCAUCACAGAUUGAACACCACCAUCCUCAGCCAUGGGGCCGUCACCAUAGCCAACCUGAGCGUCCUGCCAGCUGGCCAACAGGCUGUGAUGGACAGCGCUUGCCUGUCCGGGCUGCUCGAGGCGCUGUCUGUGACAGACACCACAGAGGAAGCUCUGCUUUGUGUGACAUCAUGUCUUCAUCGCCUGGCUAGUCUGGGUGAGAAUUCAGAACUGAAUGUUGAAGGUUAA